CAAGCAAUCUGUUAAAGUAUAGAUAUAAAUAUUUACAGAAUCAAAUGUCAGAUUGAUUAUUGUCCACUUUAUAUUGGCGGUAAGAGAUUGUUUGGGGAAAAGGCUAUAAACAUGGAAACUGAAUUACCACUAAGCCGAAUUCGAACAAUUAUGAAAAGUUCUUUAAACACCGGACAAAUAUCAAAUGAAGUACUUUUCCUGAUGACCAAAGCUACGGAGAUGUUUGUGCAAAAGUUAACCAAGGAGGCAUAUGCAAAAGUCAAAGAUGAUAACACUCUUAAAUACAAGCACUUGUCACAGUAUGUUCAGAAGGAGAAAAACUUGGAAUUCCUAUUACAAAUUGUCCCAGCUAAAAUAAAGGUAAAGGACUUCAAAAAAAUUCUAGAACUGGAGGAUGUGAAUUCAUCGUCUGACAGCGAAGAUGAAAAGCGAAGCAAGUAAUUUGCGUUUGGUGUGCUAAUGGAGACUGAUAUGUCUUGUAGAAGAUUAAUUGAUAUUUGUUACAAAAUUAAGAGUUUUCUAAAUAUAAAUAUUACACACUACAUAUAAUGUCUUGCAUUCAAGCAGGGAGGUGGAUGUACAGCAUAGCAUACAACAAUUUCACUGGCUAAUGCGAACUUAAGUGCAGGUAAAUAAAUUAAAGUUUAAAUAACACGAA